CCACGCCUCCUCGGACCCUGCCCUCCACCCUCCCCGUAGCCGCUUCGGGUGCGUGCGCUUGGGCGAGAGGGUCGCCGGCUGGCUGUCCGGGAUGGCUUCCAAUUUUAAUGACAUAGUGAAGCAAGGGUACGUGAGGAUCCGGAGCAGACGCCUGGGGAUUUAUCAGCGAUGCUGGUUAGUAUUCAAGAAGGCCUCCAGCAAAGGCCCCAAGAGACUGGAGAAAUUUUCUGAUGAACGCGCUGCAUAUUUUAGGUGUUACCAUAAGGUGACAGAACUCAACAACGUGAAGAACGUAGCUCGAUUGCCCAAGAGCACCAAGAAGCACGCCAUAGGGAUUUAUUUCAGUGACGACACCUCCAAGACCUUUGCUUGUGAAUCAGAUCUCGAGGCUGAUGAGUGGUGCAAGGUGCUCCAGAUGGAGUGCGUGGGGACGCGGAUCAAUGACAUCAGCCUCGGGGAGCCCGACCUGCUGGCGACCGGGGUUGAGAGAGAGCAGAGUGAGAGAUUCAAUGUGUAUUUGAUGCCAUCUCCUAACUUAGAUGUACAUGGCGAAUGUGCCUUGCAGAUUACAUAUGAGCACAUCUGUCUUUGGGACGUCCAGAAUCCCAGAGUCAAACUCAUCUCUUGGCCGCUAAGCGCCCUGCGGCGGUACGGGCGAGAUGCUGCUUGGUUCACUUUUGAGGCAGGGAGGAUGUGUGAGACUGGCGAGGGGCUGUUUAUCUUCCAGACGCGAGACGGGGAGGCCAUCUACCAGAAGGUGCACUCUGCCGCGCUGGCCAUCGCCGAGCAGCACGAGCGCCUGCUGCAGAGCGUGAAAAACUCCAUGCUGCAGAUGAAGAUGAGCGAGCGGGCCGCCUCGCUGAGCACCAUGGUGCCCCUGCCCCGCAGCGCCUACUGGCAGCACAUCACCCGGCAGCACAGCACGGGCCAGCUCUACCGCCUGCAGGAUGUGGCCAGUCCUCUGAAGCUUCAUCGGACAGAGACCUUCCCCGCCUACCGCCCCGAGCACUGACAGCGACUGUCCAGCACGUGUGUGACACGCGUGGGAGGCGUCCGCAUGGAUCCACCGGAGGUCACGGGACCGCGGCGAGAAGGAUGAAGGAAGCUCCGGGUCCUGGCUAGUCGUGUGGUCACUGGGAAACUGCAAUACAUAUUUGUCUUUCUUUCUCUCUUUCUUUCCCUUUGGUUCUUUUCUUUUGUAAAAAAAACCCAAAAAACAAAACCCCUAGUUGUAAUUGAAACAUGCUCUACAGUUAACGACUUCUUUUAUAGCCGGACAGGAAGGAGUCGGCGCCACACGUGAUUUUCUAUGGUCGAUCCCCCUCCCCCGCACUUCUCAGUCCUUGUGGUUCUUGUGAUUUCCCCUCUGUGUCUCAGUUGUGUCACGGUCGGCACUGACAAUAAA